AUGAAUUUAGAAAAGGAGUGCAUAAUCAUUUUUGAUGAAAAAGAAGAAAUUCCUUUACAAAUAGAAAUAGAGGAUGUUAAGAGUAAAUAAUACCUAGGUCAGCCACUAACAAGUGAUAAAGUUGGUCUCUCAAUGUGCAUUUCAGGAUAUCAACAAAAUUAACUUUAGAAAAAAAUAGAUGAGUUAAAAGAAAUUGCAAGGAUUGCUAAGCAGAAAGAUGGAGAUUUACAACAAACCUAAAUGAUCUAAAAUUUACCUUAUAUUCUGUUUGGCCCAAAGUAACUCUAAACAAAUUCAGGGCAAUAUGAGUUUCGCAAAUAGUUUUGUAAUUAAGCGAAAGUAUAAAAAGUAUAAUCAGAUCAAAAAUCAAAUGUCUCAAUAUUAAUAUAUCAAGGAGAAACGUAUUAGAGUUUAUGCCAAUAAAUCUCUCAAUAUAACAAGGAUGUAACUAAAUUAACACCUAUUGUAUUAAUCAAUGGGAAAACAGCAUUUAAAAAGCUAUUGAGAUCUAAUGAGAACUUAUUUAAAAACUUGUAUUAAUUUUCAUACCUGCCAUUUCAUUAAAAGUUUGAGACCUCGAAUUACCAUAGUUUAUAUUUCCAAAUAGUAGAUGAUAAGACUAAGAAAAUAGUGUAUUAUUUUGUAUUUUCGAGAGAAUUAAAUAAGUUAGAAUUGAUAAAAUGGAUCUAUUAAGGGAUUUUAAGGUUUAUUUAGCCAAAAUUUGCUGUAAUAGCCCCAAGUAAUGUGACUUAUCUUUAAAGCUUAAAUAUAUUAUAGCUUUUUAAAAUAUUGGAAGAAGAUGAAAAAUAUUUUGGAGUUUAAUCUUUAAACAAAAUUUAUUACAAAGGGAGUUUUUCAGAUAAUUUGUUAGAAGAUUUAUCUGAUAUUGCGCUUAACCUAGAUUGCAUGUUUAAACUAAAAUAAUUCCAUGAUCCCCUCUCUUGUAUAUAUAUGUGGGAGAGAAUAGAAGAGUUUAUAGGGGAUUAUAUAAGUAGACUUACAAAUGAGUACUCUUUGAAUAUGUGGGCUGUUGGAUAUAGUGCAAUUCUACCUAAACUCAUGCUUGAAGUUGCAAAUAAAGAAUUGAAGAUUAUCACAUAAUAAAUUAGUAUGUAAUAAUUUAAUUAGAAUUAAUUUGAAACAGUAUUCAAUUAAUUUUGUGAGUUCAAACAAAAUGUUAACUAUUAAUUUAAGAAAUGCAGAUUUAGAUCUUGUAGGAAUUUGCUUCAAUGGUUCAUAUCAAAAGUGAUAUUUCUCUAUAAUUACUUCGCAAUUUCAAUCUGUAAAUUAAUUAUCUUAACUCUUUUAUAGGUUUCUUUUUCUCAUUUUAAUGUCCAUAUCAUGUUUUCUAUAAUUUUAUGGGGGAGUCAGUUGGAUAUACUGCAAUAUCUAUUCUCUUACCUUUGUUAUAUGCCAUCAAUGUCUUGCUGUUUAUACUGCUCACAUAAUUAUACCAUUUUCAGGACAAAAUAAUUGAUAAGAAUUAAAACAAAGAAAUAGCCAUUAUGGGACAAAAGGAUGACUAGAAAGAAUGUUUUAACUUUUAGGCUAUCGCAGAAUCUUAAAAUAUUGAUGUUCUGUACUAUCAACAAUUAGAUUAACGAUAUUAAAUUAAAGUAGAAAUCUAAGAAGAUGACUAUUUAAGGGAUGUCUCUCAUUCUAUGAAAGGUGAUUUAUUAAAAAAGGAAAUAUAUUUAGGGUAUAAAUUCCCUUAGUUGAAAUACAUAAGUGAUUACAUCAAUAUUUUAAUUGAAAUUUAGAAUUACUUAGAUUUUACAGUUUCAAUUUUUAUUAUUGUUAAUUUGAUCCUCAUAUAUACUGAAUAAGUAAACAAUGCGUAAACUGAAGUGGAGAUGAUAUUAAUAGCAUCAGCUUUUAAUAUUAUCAUAUUAUUCCGUUUCUUUACUCAAGGAUCAGGAAUAUUUCGCUUGAUGUAUAAGUUCUCGUUGUUAUCAUACUUUUGGCACUUUUUUUAGUUGCCUAAACGCAGCAGUCCAGCUAUCUAAAGAAUUGAUUAAAAAAAAUAACUUGGAACUUAAGUAUUUUUAAAUUUUGUUCUAUUUUAUGCUUUUAUUUCAAUCGAGUCCUACUACAAUUAUUCUGGAUAUAUUUUGAUUGCAAUUUUCGCAUUCUUAUCGAUUGUAUAUUUAAUUAUGGGUUUGUUUAAUUGUAUUUCCUAUCUUUGCUAUAAUACCUCCAUACCAAAAAAUUUAGCCGAAAUAAUGGAAGUGAAAUUAUUCAAUAGUUUGAAAUUGGAAGAUGAUAGCUAAAACACACUUAUUGGAAAAGCGAGAAAACUAAUUGGCGAAAAUGUUAAAAACGAUAAUAAUAAGUUUUAAGAUGAUCUAAAGUUAACUUAAUUAAUGAAUAAUCACGAUUUCAGGAAUUUAACAAACACUAUAAAAAUCCAAAUCAAGGAAGAUCUCUAAAAAUAAAAUCUAAAAAUGGAAGACAUAUAAUUAAUCACUGCCUAAGUAGAACUUGCAAUAAAUAAAUAUUAUUAAAAUGCAAAUAAUUAGUAAUAAGAUCAAAAAAAGGAAAAUGAACUUAAUUAAAACAUAAUUUAGAAUUAAUAAAAGCAAAGUUAAUAAUAAUAGAAGAUUUAAAAUAUAAAUAGUGAAUUGAAAGGGGAUGAUUAGAAAUUGUCAAAUAAAUCUUCAUAAGUCAAUUAUCUUUUAUAAAGCAAUAACAAUUUGCCUUCAUUACUCAAUUAGAAUAAUAAAAUAGGUUCAUAGAUUAAUUAGAAUGCUGGUUCAUAAUUAAAACAGAAUUUUGGUUCAUAGGUUAAAUAGAAUGACUUUGGUGGUUAAAUAAUUAGAUAAAAUCAGAAAUGA